AUGUACGUGAAAUUCCCAGCAGAAGCAGCAUUUGCCAUCAUAAUAUUUGUCGCUUCAACCCUCUUAAUAUGUUGCAUUGUCUCAUACUUAAACCAACUAAAACAGCUCUUCUACUACUUUCUACCAGCCAAAAAGAACCACUACGUAGCCCAGGUAUCAGAUCCGAGUACUUUACAUGCCUACAUUGUCAACCGUAACCAUGUUUGUAGUGAUUUGAGUAAAUGUAAACGACAUUCGAUGCCAGUAUGGAAACGAUCGACUACUUUUGGGUCGAUUUAUGAUAUGAGUAUGUUGAGGCGGUUUGAUAGCGAUGAUGAUGAUGAUGAUGAAGAAUAUGAUGAAGAGGGAUUUGAUGUAAAGAAUAUACGAGUCAGCAAAGACAUGUGCUAUGUUAGUGUAGUUUGA